UUAAGAGAGGAUAGUGACGCUACUCUUCUUUAUUAGAAUCAUAUAGAGUGCGCGGGUGGAUAUGAAAUGCAUUUUCUAACGUGUUAAGGCGCGCAUCCGAGCUCGUCGGUUCAGCUGUUGUUGUUAGACGCUAUCUUGUCUUGUCUUUAGUUCAUUCAUGAAUGGCCAGCAGCAGCAGUUUGGUGCUUCAUCGUUGUUGGUCUUUGUUAUCCUAUCAACAUCUAGCUUGCCCAUGGAGAUCUCCAAGAUUAAUGCUAAACUUCCAUCCAGUAUCUGCAAUUACUGCUGUUGUUACUUCUUCAACAGUCAAGGCCUCCUCCGAGAGGUGCAGUAGUGGUUGCCUUGGCUUACGGACAUACAACAGUAAGUCAAACCAGUUCUUAAGAAGAUGCUCCACCAAUGCAUUUGUUGUUGUUAAUGAUGAAAAGUACGGCAAUAAGCAGGUUAUUAGUGUUACUCCAUGCCUUUAUGAUUACAUCCUUGCCAACACUCGAGAGCCAGAGAUUCUACGGCAACUUCGAGAGGAGACUGCCUCUCUGCGUGGUUCUCAGAUGCAGGUAUCUCCUGAUCAGGCACAGCUUCUUGCAAUGCUUGUUCAGAUUCUUAAGGCAGAGCGGUGCAUUGAAGUUGGUGUUUAUACUGGAUAUUCAUCAUUGGCAAUUGCAUUGGUCCUCCCAGAAUCAGGUCAUUUAGUUGCCUGCGAAAGAGAUGCCAAGUCUCUUGAGAUUGCAAAGAAGUACUAUAAGCGUGCGGGUGUUUUGCACAAGGUGGAUGUUAGACAUGGACUUGCUACUGAUGCACUAAAAUCAAUGAUUCUGAAUGGUGAAGCUUGCAGCUAUGAUUUUGCAUUUGUUGAUGCCGAGAAGAGGAUGAAUCAGGAAUACUUUGAACUGCUUCUACAACUGGUGAGGACUGGGGGUCUCAUUGUGAUUGAUAAUGUCCUUUGGCAUGGAAAAGUUGUUGACCCCAUGGUAAAUGAUGCCAAGACAGUUAGUAUCAGGAAUUUCAACAAGCGUCUAUUGGUGGACGAGCGUGUAAACAUUAGUAUGGUACCUAUUGGAGAUGGUAUGACCAUAUGCCAAAAGAAGAUGACCUCAUAGCAAAAGCUGAUUUUUUAUUCAUCGACUUGGCUUAUAAUAAUAUCUUCGUUAAUCAAGUACGAGUAAUGCUAUUCAUCAUCUCAAUUUUCAUCAUCCUAUAAUGUGGCAUUAAAUGAUUGUAAACUAUUUAUUAUAUUUCAUUUGUAAACCUAUCAUCUAAUGUCACUUCAUAAAAUAAUGACAAGAUGACAAGAAAAUGAAUGAUGAAUAGAUUUUUUCUUGUGAA